GCCCGUGCCCGUUUCCAGUAUGGCCGCCCGCCGUGCUUGACCCGUGGCCUCUCCGCUUCGACUCUUCGUAGGCGAUGCCAAGGCCGAGGCCGUGACUGACACUCCUGCUCACACGCACGCACGGACCCGGACCCACGCCCGGAGCCCCAGCCCUGGGCCCGGAACCGCUCUCGCCCCCGGCGCCGCGUCCAAAGCCUGGACCACGGCUCCCGCGCCGCCGCUGCCGCCGCCUCGCCGAGAAGGGCCGCGCCGGACUUGGAGCGCGGCGGCCCCCGGCCGGCAGGGAUGGGGAAGCGGGCUGGAGGAGGAGCAGCAGGAGCCGCCGCCGCCUCCACGUCCGCAGGGGCCGGUGUGGAGCCCGCGGCCAGCCGCGGCGGGGGCCCACGGAGCGCGGCCGCCGGCCUACUGGGAGCGCUGCACCUGGUGAUGACCCUCGUAGUGGCCGCGGCGCGGGCGGAGAAGGAAGCAUUUAUUCAGUCGGAGAGCAUAAUAGAAGUACUACGUUUUGAUGAUGGAGGGUUACUACAGACUGAGACAACACUUGGGCUCAGUUCGUAUCAACAGAAAAGUAUAUCUCUGUACCGGGGUAAUUGCAGACCUAUACGAUUUGAGCCACCAAUGCUGGAUUUCCAUGAACAGCCAGUUGGAAUGCCAAAAAUGGAAAAAGUUUACUUACAUAAUCCUAGUUCUGAAGAAACUAUUACCUUAGUAUCAAUAUCUGCUACAACAUCACAUUUUCAUGCAUCAUUUUUUCAAAAUAGGAAAAUACUUCCAGGAGGAAAUACAUCAUUUGAUGUAGUUUUUCUUGCAAGAGUAGUGGGAAAUGUAGAAAAUACUUUAUUUAUUAACACAUCCAAUCAUGGGGUAUUUACUUACCAGGUAUUUGGUGUUGGGGUCCCAAACCCAUAUCGACUGAGGCCAUUCCUUGGGGCCAGAGUCCCUGUGAACAGCAGUUUCUCACCUAUUAUAAAUAUACACAAUCCUCACAGUGAGCCUUUACAGGUUGUAGAAAUGUACUCUAGUGGAGGAGAUCUUCACCUAGAACUUCCAACGGGCCAACAAGGAGGCACCAGAAAACUGUGGGAGAUUCCUCCUUAUGAAACCAAGGGAGUGAUGAGAGCCAGCUUUUCAUCCAGAGAAGCAGAUAAUCACACAGCCUUCAUCAGAAUAAAGACGAAUGCUUCAGACAGCACAGAGUUUAUCAUUCUUCCUGUCGAGGUAGAAGUUACAACAGCCCCUGGAAUUUAUUCCUCAACCGAAAUGUUAGAUUUUGGUACACUACGAACACAAGAUCUACCAAAAGUUUUAAACCUUCAUUUACUAAAUUCCGGAACAAAAGAUGUACCAAUAACAAGUGUUCGACCUACACCACAAAAUGACGCUGUAACGGUACACUUUAAACCAAUUACAUUGAAAGCUUCAGAAAGUAAAUACACCAAAGUUGCAAGUAUUAGUUUUGAUGCAUCAAAGGCAAAAAAACCAUCUCAAUUUUCUGGGAAAAUAACUGUUAAAGCAAAGGAAAAGAGUUAUUCUAAACUCGAAAUACCAUAUCAAGCAGAAGUUUUAGAUGGUUAUUUGGGAUUUGAUCACGCUGCCACAUUAUUUCACAUCCGAGACAGUCCUGCUGACCCUGUAGAAAGGCCAAUUUACCUGACUAACACUUUCAGCUUUGCAAUCCUCAUUCAUGAUGUGUUGCUACCAGAAGAAGCCAAAACAAUGUUUAAAGUUCACAACUUCAGCAAACCAGUCUUAAUUCUUCCAAAUGAAUCAGGAUACAUUUUUACACUGUUUUUUAUGCCCUCCACAUCAUCCAUGCACAUAGAUAACAAUAUUUUACUUAUUACCAAUGCUUCUAAAUUUCAUUUACCUGUGCGGGUAUAUACAGGCUUUUUAGAUUACUUUGUAUUACCCCCCAAAAUAGAGGAACGUUUCAUAGAUUUUGGCAUAUUGAGUGCUACAGAAGCAAGCAAUAUUUUAUUUGCAAUUAUAAACAGCAAUCCAAUUGAGUUGGCUAUAAAAAGUUGGCAUAUCAUAGGAGACGGUUUAUCAAUAGAACUCGUAGCUACUGAAAGAGGCAACAGAACUACAAUAAUUGCAAGCCUUCCAGAAUUAGAAAAAUCCUCUUUAUCAGACCAGUCAUCAGUAAUAUUAGCUUCAGGCUAUUUUGCAGUGUUCAGAGUCAAACUUACUGCAAAAAAACUGGAAGGGAUUCAUGAUGGAGCCAUACAGAUCACCACAGACUAUGAGAUCCUAACAAUUCCUGUGAAGGCUGUAAUUGCAGUGGGUUCGCUGACUUGCUUCCCAAAACAUAUGGUUCUUCCACCUUCCUUUCCAGGGAAAAUAGUUCAUCAAAGCUUAAAUAUUAUGAAUUCCUUCUCACAGAAGGUAAAGAUACAACAAAUACGAUCUUUGUCAGAAGAUGUGCGAUUUUACUACAAACGAUUACGGGGCAAUAAGGAAGACUUGGAGCCAGGAAAAAAGUCAAAGAUUGCAAACAUUUAUUUUGAUCCUGGACUGCAGUGUGGGGAUCAUUGCUAUGUUGGCUUGCCUUUUCUAUCCAAAUCUGAACCCAAAGUACAGCCUGGUGUAGCCAUGCAGGAAGACACUUGGGAUGCUGACUGGGAUUUGCAUCAAAGCCUAUUCAAAGGAUGGAUGGGAAUAAAGGAAAAUUCAGGUCAUAGAUUGAGCGCUUUAUUUGAAGUAAAUACAGACCUUCAAAAAAAUAUACUAUCAAAAAUCACUGCUGAGCUCUCCUGGCCUUCUAUAAUUAGCUCACCCCGGCACUUGAGAUUUCCACUUACUAAUACAAACUGCUCCUCAGAAGAAGAGAUUACUUUAGAAAAUCCUGCAGAUGUUCCUGUCUAUAUUCAAUUUAUUCCUCUGGCUUUAUAUUCGAAUCCUUCAGUCUUUGUAGAUAAGUUAAUAUCAAGGUUUAACUUGAGUAAGGUGGCAAAGAUUGAUUUAAGAACACUAGAAUUCCAAGUCUUUAGAAACAGUGCUCAUCCACUGCAGAGUUCAACAGGAUUUACAGAAGGCCUCUCUCGACAUUCAAUUUUAAACCUAAUUUUAAAACCUGGAGAAAAGAAAUCUGUCAAAGUAAAGUUUACUCCAAUUCACAACAGAACUGUUUCUUCGCUAAUCAUAAUCAGAAAUAACCUCACUGUGGUGGAUGCUGUGAUGGUCCAAGGACAAGGAACAACUGAGAACUUAAGGGUGGCAGGCAAGCUUCCAGGUCCAGGGAGUUCCUUACGCUUUAAAAUCACAGAAGCAUUAUUGAAAGAUUGUACAGAUAGUUUGAAACUAAGAGAACCAAAUUUCACAUUGAAAAGAACAUUUAAAGUAGAGAAUACAGGGCAACUUCAGAUUCACAUAGAAUCCAUUGAAGUCAGUGGGUACUCCUGUGAGGGAUAUGGCUUUAAAGUUGUUAAUUGUCAAGAGUUUGCACUAAGCGCCAACGCCUCUAAAGACAUAAUCAUACUGUUUACUCCUGAUUUCACAGCUUCUAGAGUUAUUCGUGAACUGAAGUUUAUAACAACCAGUGGCUCUGAAUUUGUAUUUGUAUUGAAUGCAUCCCUUCCAUACCAUAUGUUAGCAACCUGUGCGGAAGCCCUACCCAGACCCAACUGGGAGCUGGCUCUGUACAUCAUCAUCUCAGGAAUCAUGAGUGCACUGUUUCUCUUGGUAAUUGGAACAGCCUAUUUAGAAGCUCAAGGAAUUUGGGAGCCAUUUCGAAGGCGACUGUCCUUUGAGGCCUCGAACCCACCCUUUGAUGUGGGAAGACCAUUUGAUCUCAGGAGAAUCGUUGGUAUUUCAUCUGAAGGAAACUUGAACACACUCAGCUGUGACCCCGGGCACAGUAGGGGAUUCUGUGGGGCAGGCGGCUCGUCGUCCCGACCCAGUGGAGGGAGUCACAAGCAGUGUGGCCCGCCGGUCCACCCACACAGCGGUCACAGCAAUAGAAACUCAGCUGACGUGGAAAACGUCAGAGCAAAAAACAGCUCCAGUACCUCUAGCAGGACUUCUGCGCAAUCUGCUAGCAAAGCGAGCCCCCUCGUCUUAGAGUCAAACGCAGUGGCCCAAGGUCAUGCCGCGGGCAGAAAGUCCAGAGGAGCCAAGCAGAGCCAGCACAGCAGUCAGCACCAUGCCCACAGCCCUCUGGAGCAGCACUCCGCGCCGCCGCCGCCGCCGGGGCCUCAGCACCAGGAACCACAGCUGGGAAGGCUGUCACCCGCCCCGCUCUCGCACCCUUCCCACCCAGAACGGGCCGGCAGCACAAGGCACAGCUCGGAGGACUCCGACAUCACCAGUCUCAUAGAAGCCAUGGACAAAGACUUCGACCACCCUGACUCCCCACCCCUGGAAGUGUUUACAGAGCAGCCGCCCUCACCGUUGUCAAAAAGCAAAGGGAAAGGAAAACCUCUUCAGCGCAAAGUGAAACCACCUAAGAAGCAAGAAGAAAAGGAGAAGAAGGGAAAGGGAAAGCCACAGGAAGAUGAUCUGAAAGACUCCCUGGCUGAUGACGACAGCUCCUCCACCACCACAGAGACCUCCAACCCUGACACAGAGCCUCUCCUCAAGGAGGAUACAGAAAAGCAAAAGGGAAAACAAGCCAUGCCUGAAAAACAUGAAAAUGAAAUGUCUCAAGUGAAGCAAAAAAGCAAAAAACUCUUAAAGAAAGAAAUCCCAACAGAUGUGAAACCCAGUUCUUUAGAGCUCCCUUAUACCCCCCCAUUGGAAAGUAAACAACGCAGAAAUCUCCCAACCAAGAUUCCUCUUCCAACUGCAUUGACAAGUGGAUCCAAAUCACGAAAUUCCCAGAAAACAAAAGGUACAAAUAAGUUAGUGGAUAACAGGCCACCCACCCUAGCAAAAUUCCUCCCAAAUAGUCAAGAACUAGGCAACACCAGUAGCUCAGAAGGUGAAAAAGACUCUCCACCACCAGAGUGGGAUUCCGUGCCAGUUCACAAACCCGGCAGCUGUAAGUAUGGGAAUUUAGAAACCAUGGCGCCCCACUCUGGGCAGGAAAACUCCACGGGGCAUAUUGCUUUGAAAGGAGGCCUGGUAUCUGUGGUCUGCUGGAGCCCACUUGUACCAGCCAGCCAAAGCCCAUUGUUCAAUAGUCUGCCAUUGGUGAAAGUUGUUUGUUUGGCCCGUGGGGGAAGUGUUUACACCAGAGAAACCAGUAGACACCCCCCCGCUGCACCUUGCCCGUUCUCGACCCGGGGCAGCUACAGCAGCGCCGUCAACAGCUCCAGCAGUGACCCUAAAAGCAAGCAGCCAAAUGGAAGCAAACACAAAUUGACAAAAGCAGCCUCACUCCCUGGCAGGAACGGCAACCCCACUUUUGCUGCAGUCACCGCCGGGUAUGACAAGAGUCCAGGCGGGAAUGGCUUUGCUAAAGUUUCUUCAAACAAAACAGAUUUUUCCAGCAGCCUUGGCAUUUCACACACUCCUGUCGACAGCGAUGGCUCAGACAGCUCGGGUUUGUGGAGUCCCGCCAGCAACCCCAGCAGCCCUGACUUCACACCCCUCAAUUCGUUCUCGGCCUUUGGAAAUUCUUUUAACCUAACUGGUGAAGUUUUCAGCAAACUCGGGUUAUCUCGGUCAUGCAAUCAAGCCUCCCAGAGAGGCUGGAACGAGUUUAGUAGUGGCCCUUCCUACCUUUGGGACUCCCCAGCAACGGAUCCCAGCCCUUCCUGGCCAGCCAGUUCCAGUUCCCCGACCCACACGGCCACAUCGAUCCUUGGCAACACCAGUGGCCUGUGGUCCACCACUCCAUUCAGCAACUCGAUCUGGUCCAGCAGCUUGAACGGUACCCUGCCCUUCACCACUCCAGCCAGCACGCUGCCAAGCAUUGGCCUCAUGGGCGCCGAAAACUCUGCUCCUCACGCUCCCUCCACCUCCAGCCCAGCCGACGACUUGGGGCAGACGUACAACCCCUGGCGGAUAUGGAGCCCCACAAUCGGAAGAAGAAGCUCUGACCCUUGGUCUAACUCACACUUCCCUCAUGAGAAUUGAAAUUAGGCGACGACAACAACAACAAGUGGGGGCCCCUUGUCUAGAUCAUGAUAUGCCAGUUUGUGAGACAUCUUCCUAAGGCUGUUACUGCGGUGGCUUCCCACUGCCCACCCUCCUCGUCUUUGCAAAACAAACAGACUCAAGCAGGGCAGGCUUGUACCACUCGCUUCUUUCAGAUCUUUCUUGCAAUUAUGAUAAUAUGAGAUUUGCUGUUGUGCUUUUAGGGAAAAGUCUGGACUCAGCCACAAACUCUAAUAAGACCUGUACAUCUGAAAACCUUAACUGCUAUCAAGUUUCCACCACCUGUCUUCUUCCAUCCUUUAUUUAUCUGUAUGAACACAAAUUUGACAUUUACAGCUAAGGAAAUAAUUUGAGUUGAUUCAGAAGUCCUGGCAUGUAACAAUUUUAUUAAAUUACCAAGUUUGGUUUUUAAUAAUUUCACAAUAUUAUGCACCAAAAUCUAAUUUUAAAAAUGUAUGAGGACUUUGUGCUGAAAAAUACAGAGUAUUUUUUUAAAAUAAGGCUGUCUUGGUUUAAAAGCAGAUUACAGAAAUGUAAGUCAACUUUAAGAACAGUGAAUGAAUGUAAAAACAUUCGGUUGAGACCAUAUGCAUUUUCUGUGCUGUUUGUACUUGAGGUAUGUACCAUUUGUAUACCUGAAUUUAUUUUAAAGAUAAACUGAAAUGCACAUAGCCAAGUCUUGGGAUACAAGAUUGAAUGUGUAUUUCUUAAAAAUACAACUUUGUGUUGUACUUUGAAAUAAAUGAUGCUUUUUUCAAAAG